AAUAAAUCAGAAGAAAAACCUAGACGCAAUCCUACCACGUUGCGUGGGAGGCGCAUUCAACGCGAAUGAUUGGUUCAACGGGACCACACACCGUGAGCGCUCCUUCACCUUGGCGCACCACCCAGCCGAGCGUUCCUGUACAGGUAACAUCAAAUUCCCUCUUCGUAGUCUGGAGGCGGGAGAUUCGGAAGCCAUGGCGGAGGAGCAGUUCCUGGCCGCAGCUGUGGGCGCCGCCAAGAGCGCCGGCGAGAUUAUCCGCAAGAGCUUUUACCUAACCAAGAAUGUGGAGCACAAGGGCCAGGUGGAUUUGGUGACGGAGACGGACAAGGCCUGCGAGGAUCUCAUCUUCAACCACCUCCGGAUGCUCUACCCGGACCACAAGUUCAUCGGCGAGGAGACGUCUGCAGCCCUCGGUUCCACCGAUGACCUCACCUACGACCCCACCUGGAUAGUCGACCCCCUCGAUGGCACCACCAAUUUCGUUCAUGGCUUUCCUUUUGUGUGCGUCUCGAUUGGCCUCACCAUUGGGAAGAUUCCCACCGUUGCAGUUGUGUACAACCCCAUCAUGAAUGAGCUUUUCACAGCUGUUCGUGGAAAAGGUGCUUUUCUCAAUGGUUCUCCAAUUAAAACAUCGCCUCAAAAUGAGUUGGUGAAGGCUCUUAUGGUGACAGAGGUAGGGACCAAAAGAGACAAGUCCACUUUGGAUGAUACAACCAACAGAAUUAAUAAGUUACUAUUCAAGAUUAGAUCUAUACGUAUGUGUGGCUCUUUGGCUCUAAACAUGUGUGGAGUUGCUUGUGGUAGGCUAGAUUUGUGUUAUGAGAUCGGUUUUGGUGGCCCCUGGGAUGUGGCUGCUGGAGCUUUGAUUCUAAAGGAAGCUGGGGGUUUUGUUUUUGAUCCGAGCGGUGAUGAGUUUGAUCUGAUGGCGCAAAGAAUGGCAGGAUCAAAUGGCCACCUCAAGGAUCAGUUCAUCAAAGCAUUGGGAGAUGCAAGCUGAAUAACUUAUUUCUCUUUUCAAGUAGAAUGAAAGAAUGUAAGAUGGCCCCACCAAUAAGUAAUUAAGGGCUAAUUUUUGUGUAGUUUUAAGUGGACACUAUAUGCAUAUUUUGCAAACAUGGCGGAUGUAAUGACAUGUGGAUAUAUUGCUCGUUUUAUUGACCAUGCAAGUAAUGGUGUGAUCAAA